AGAAUAAUAUAAUCUUUGAUAUUGGUACUAUCUUAAUUCAUGGUAAAAAACUAAAAACUUAACCUAAGUACUAACUUGUUGCGACUAGUUCAAACGUGUUACUGGGCAAGGUGCCAAGGUGUAUUGAUAAUAAUAUAAUCGUAAAUCGUUUUUGAAAAUUGAAAUAGUGCAAAUAGUUCAAUACUGAAUACUCUAUAGUCAUUAUGUGAUGAUCAAAUUACAAAAUAUUGUGCAAAUCACAUUUUAACUUUUUUGAUAUUUAAUUUAAAUUUCGAAUAAUCAACGUUUAAAAUUCCCCAAACACUUUAAUGUACAAAAAUUUCUAGGAGCUUAAGAACAGUUUUAAAAAACUGACUUGAUCGAUCUCAACAAGUAGACAUAUCAACGAAUUCAAUUCAGUUUUAAGAAGUCUUAUCACGUUGUAAGGUCCAUCGGUGUGAUUGACAAAACAUUGGCACAUUGUGAUUGAAAUAAGUAAUAACUGACCGUUUACAAUCCUCUUAAUCGUCAUUACUUCUCGAAUAACUUCAAUAUUUUUAUCAUUUAUUAAUUUAUAAUACUAUCCGUUUGUGUCUUUAAAGGCAAAACAAUAUGACGUCAACUACAGGUCAACCGAAUGAUGAUGUACAAGAGUUUGUGUGCCACCUAAUGGGCUUGAAAACCAGAAGACUGUCUGGAUGGUCGGACGCUGAUGAAAUAAAAAGUGUGACGGAUACAUUCCGUUGGCUUCGGAACAACUCGCCCCGGCUCAACGACAACGGCAAAUGUCGACUGUUGAAUUCAGGACUGAUUGAAACCUGUUCUUGGUACUGUGACACUUUUUUUACCAAUGAUCCGUUGAGUCGCAGUGUAUUGCUACAGUUUUUGGCUAACUUCUCUGUGGGCAAUGAGACCGCUCAACGCCAGAUAUUUGAAGGUUUCUGUAGCACGUUAAGACAUUUUAUUGUAUCUUCUGAGGAUUCCAAACUAUUAAACAAUUCGAUGAUGCUGUUGUACAACCUGUGCUUGUGUGAUGUCAACUUCAGAGACGAGAUCUUAAAAGAUGUUAAUAUAGUUCAACAGAUUAUGAUUCAUUGGACUCAAAAUGAAAUAGAAUAUAGUAAAAUAUUUUUAGAUUCAAUUUUCUCAAGUUCAAAAGAUUUUUUAUUGGUCUAUGAAAAUCUUCCUGGUACUUCUAAAGAUCAGUUAAUGAACAUUAUCUCCAUUUGGCUUGACCAUUAUAAUGAGGAAGUGUCUUUAGAAGUCAUUGUUGUAAUAAAAAACAAUUUUUUUAUUAAUUGUGCCUUAGAUAAAGUAACUAGUCAUGUAGUGAAUGUUCUCGCUAAGGCUUCAAAUAUAGACAAAUUUAAUGCAGAAAUCAAACAAGACACAACUCUAUUAAAAAAAAUUAUGGAUUUGUUGGUAUUCAUACACAAGCAUGCCAAGGAUAAUGAUGGUUCAGACAAUGAAUUUAGUCGUGUGAAAGAUCUGUCAGCCCUGUUUGAUUCAGAUAUACAAACGCAUAAUAGAUUUUGGUUCAAAUCGGAUCUAAUACGAUUGAUAGCAAAUAUGUGUUAUAACCACCAAGAACAUCAACACCUAAUGCGUACUGACAAUAUUAUUCCCAUACUGUUGGAGUGUUGUUCAUUUGAUGCCAAAAAUCCCUUGAUGCGAGAAUGGAGCUUAUUUGCACUCAGAAAUAUUUUGGAAGGCAAUCUAGAUAAUCAAGAUUUUGUGGCUAAUAUAGAUUCUGUUGGAUCCAUUGAUACUGAAUCAUCAGUUACACUAACCGAUACACUUAAAAUGGCAUCAAUUAAAAAUUCUAUUUCAGAUAGCGACACUAUGUUUAUCUAAAUCAAAUAAUCAGUUUUAGUACUGAUUACUUAUUUACCUGUAUUUUACAACCAAUGUUAAUGUUUAUUGUUUGUAUGUAAUUAUGUAAUUAUUGUAAAGUAUGAUAAUAAAAUCAGUUAAUUUAUAGA